AUGGAUUAUUCAGAUAGAGUUAAUGCCAAGAAAGGAGCAGGUGCUAUUGCAGGUACAGAAGAAACCAACGUCCAUACCAAAAAGAGAAUUCAAGAUUUAUUAGCAACUCAUGUACUUGAUUUAGAUAAUGAUCCAUAUGUAUUUAGAAAUCAUUUAGGAUUUCUUGAAUGUAAAUUAUGUUUAACUACUCAUGUAAGUGAAUCAUCUUAUAUAUCACAUCUAGGUGGCCGUAAGCAUCAAUUAAAUUUAGAAAGAAGAAGAAUAUUGGAUGAGAAAUAUAAUCAAAGAAAUCUUCAUCAAUUACAAGAUAAAAUAUCGUCAUUAACAAGUAUCAAUAAUGUUGAAAAGAGAAGUUGGAAAAAGAUUGGGAAACCUCAAUUUAAAUUAACGAAGAUUCGAGAUCCUGAUAGUUUAAAAGUAGGAUUAUUAAUCAACGUAAAAUUACCAAAAAUUGGAGUUGAAGAACCAUUCUUUAGAAUCAUGUCAUAUUAUGAAUUAACUUCCAAGAAUCAAAUAACUUGUAUGAAUUUCAUUGAAAAGGUGAAACAGGCAGAAGAAGAUGACGAAGAGUUAGAAGCUAAUGAUUAUCAAUACUUAGUGGUGUCAGCAGAACCAUAUGAUAAUAUUGCCGUGGUAAUACCCAAUACUAAAGAAAUAGAUAAACCACAAGAUAAUACUUCAAUGUCAGAUACUUAUUGGUGGUAUUGGGAUCGAGAUACAAAAGAACUCUUUAUACAAUUUAUGUAUAAGUAG